AUGCACCAUCUGCCGCCCCUACUUGCACUUCCCUCGCCCCGUCAGCGCGUCCACUACUCGCCCACUCGUACCGCUCCACUUCCGCUUCGCUUCCCUCCAUCUGCGCGCCCUCCAUUUCCUGCCAUUCCCUACCGCUCCCGCUCUCCCCUUUGGGGGACCCCUGCUCACCCUGUCCGUUGCGCCCACACUUCCCUCCGUCCCACUCUCCCGCGUCCGCGCCUCCCCUGCCACCCGCAAUUCUCACGGGACAAGCAUAGCCUUGGGACUCCCGCCAGGCCUCAUAUGUUUUGCAUCUAG